ACGGACCAGCUCAGACGGAAAACCCUGACAGACAGCAAGCCAGGCAGAACGUAGUCCCGCUACACCUCAUCUUCAUCAAUAUUAUUGUUUUGACGACGUAACCCGAGACAAAAAGAGAUUAAAAAAAAUUCACCGACUCCAUUCACAGCGGGACACCUGGGAUGGAGUGACACGGCUUCCUCCGGGCGGACUUUAAACAUCUCCGGAGCCUUCUCACCGGCGCAUCCACGGUUUCUUUCGGCAGCUUUUAUUCCGUCUUAUGGCCACCUGUUACCGUCAGGUUCAGACCUGCAGACAGCCUCGCCGCGGAUCUUCAGAAAACCUCCACCAAGCUACAACUGAUAUGGCCAGAGCACAGACCAUACAGAGCGCUGGAGAAACCCCUGCUGGAGGAAACUCCUCUCUUCCGUGUCACAACACCUGCCGAGUGGAGCUGCCUUGCCCCCUCCACACCUGGCCUGGGAUGCUCAAUAGUACGACCACCACCCCCUCCUCCUCCGGGACCAGCACUGGUGCCAUACACAUCCACCACUAUCACCAUCACUACCAUCACCUGCAGCCCAUGCAGGCUCUCUAUGUGUCGUACCCGCUGUCGUACUCCCACCCAGACGACAACGACGACCCCCGAGUUCACCAGCAGUUACCCGCAGCAUCGCCUCCCAACCGGAGGGAUUUGAGGUGCAGAGGUGCACCUGCACCCGGUGACGUCUCAGGAGAGCGUUCAGACUCGAGCAGACAGGAGCUCCAGCAGCCCUCCAGCCGGCUGCGACCUCAGUCUAACAUGUUGCCCCGAAAUGAGCGGCCAUCCUGGGCUUCGCCUCGCCGCAGAGCUCCUGGGGGAGAAGCAGUGCAGGAGCAGGAGAUCAGGAGGGUGGCGAACCAGCUGAGGACAAUUGGAGAUGAGCUGAACGUCACGCUCCUCCGCAGAGCGCACGGCGGCCCUCACUGGCACGACUUCAGAGACGUCUGCCGAGGCCUCCUCAGCUUCAUCACCCAGACUCUCAGCACUCUCUACAGGCUCACAUAGACUUGCUGUAGCGAACAAGACAACCCGGACUGGCUGCUGCUCUUCAUCGUCACUCACACCUGGAGGUGCGACUGAAAACAUCCGUUGAACAAAAGAGGCGUUGGGAAGAUGAAAGCGGCAGCUGGAUCGGGCUGCUUCCUGUGGAAACUGGACCCUGCCUGUCCGUCUGACUGCCUGUCAGUCAGCCCGUCUGCUGGUACGGACCGCUGCUGAUGGACUGACCUGUAUAUUUUGUAAAAUUGUUAUUAUUAUUUUUUCUCAAUGUCGUGUCUCGGGGCUCAGCUCUUUAUGUAGCAGGUGUGACUCAGCUCGUGUGAGUCGGAGUGUAUGUGUGUGUGCACACAUGGAAGAUGUGGGUCAAACAGAAGCUGUGAGGUCCUUAGAAAAGUUUAAAGCCACUAGAAGUGUAUGAGGUAUGUGAACCUCUGAGCCUUAGCCCUAAUUCCAACCCCGUGCUGUCAGAGUUUGGGAUUUGUGAUGCUCUUCCAGGGUUAAAGUACAGAAAUGAUAUUUAAAAUUAGGAUGGUAAAUCUUUUGAUUUUAAUAUCAGCUGGAGGAUGCAAAAUCAUUUCAGUUUCAAUAGACUGCAUCUCUCCAGCUCUUCCCUCUGAAUAUAUAAAAAAUUGUGUUUUUCUGCUGCGGUGUUCAGCAUUACAGGACUGUCAAAGGCACGAUUUGACCCUCGUCUGAUGUGUGCGUGUUGCCGUUGUGUCUUUAUCGUGCAACCUGUGUCCCUCUUCUUAUAAACUGUGAAAACUGGGCGCUGUGGUUGCAUCGCAGGGAAAAACAAAACGGAGCGAAGCACAGACCGAACCUUUCUCUCAAUCUGCUUCAUGUCAGUGUACAAUGUGCCUUUCUGCUUGGCGCUCUGUUGAGGUCUAAUCUCCAACACCAGGACAAUCAGCCCCCCCCCACACACACACACACAGAGUGAAUAAAACACACUUAAUGUUGGAGUGGCUUGUUUGCAGUCACUGGAUUCGAGCGUUCACAUUACAUUCAAACGUUCCAGCUUCACUCGCUCGCCCGCCUGUGUUGACAGUGUUCAUAGUUACUUGAUCAACUGUAAAUAUUCUUUUGGAAGAUGAAACUUAUCCCAAUCCAAAGGUUUGGAUGGAGAGUUGGAAGAUGUUUUGUUUUUUAUGUUGUAACUGUAGAGUCUGAAUUUAAAUCCAGUGGAUUUGGGAAGAUAUCAGCAAAAGAGAAAUAUAUGAUUUGGAUCUUUAUGAUUGUUGGAAAGUAUUCGAUGAUGUUUGUCAGGUGAGCCCUCUGGUUGUGGGAUUAUUUUCAUUGUAGUUUAAAAAGCGGGGGGAGGGGGGGGGGGUCGAUUGCUCGUAUUAAGAGCAUAAUUUAUUUUGAAAAGUAGCCUAGCUGUAGCAUGGUUUUUGUUUGGGGUUUUUUAUGUUAUUGUUUUUGUUUUUUUUUCACACAUUCCCGAUCAAAAACUUUAAUUUAAGCGCUACUUGAGUUGAAACAGUUAAAAAACGGACUGAUUUAGAAAUCACCCACAGUGAAAACACUCAUUCAUGCAGAAACACUCUCAGCAGUACUGUGUUAGAAAGCAUUACAAACGGCCUCACUCACACUCUGUUCUCUGCUGUCUUUGGCCACGAAGCAAAUGUGAAAAAUGAGACGUGAGGAGCAUUACUGAACCAUGUGAAAGCCACAUUUGUGAAUAUGAAAUGAGAUGGGGAAGAAAUGGUACCAAAAAGUUUCCCUUUAGCCUCUUUUAAAGCACAAAGAAGAAGAAAUCUGCCGUCGCAGGCUCAUAGCAAUACUCAGUGUUUAGCAGCUUGAAUCGACUGGGGCGAACCAAACGGAUGCCGAGUCGUCUGUGACGAUUUUCUUUGUAAAUUUAUUUCCAAAACCGUGUGAUUUCUGUUUUUAUUCGACAGCUGUAGUGCUGCUGGUGCUACACAUGCUCAAGAAUGCAGAUUGAUGUACUGUAACGUACUUUGGAUUAAAGUGCCCACUUAUCGGUUUUCAUUUUAUUUCAGGAAACGUGGGGCCUUUCAGCCUGUCUGAAACGCCGCUCUCACUCGGCCGUUUUCUACGUUUUUAGCACCGGGCCUUGUUUUUAAGACUUUUGAAAGCCUUUGUGUAUAAAGUCGUAAUGAUACCACAGCCUGUAGAAGUUCAGCUGACUCUGAGCUGAGCAGAGGUUAAACCGCUCGCUCCGUAGACUCUCCUUCACAGCCUGUAUAUUUAUAUUUGUCCGGCCUUUUGCUCGCAGUGCUUUUAGCCGUGUUUGCCGUCAUCAGAGCGGCCGGUGAACUCUGCGAGCUCGUAGCUGAUGUUUCUCCUGGUUUAGCGCUCGCCUCUUUCCUACCAGCAAAGCUCAGUGUCGGUCGGCCAGUCACAUGCAGUUUGUAUUUGCUGUUUUCAACUUUUUUUCUAUUGUAAAAUUUCUACAUGAAUUUUGUACUUUUUUUUGUUUUUAUACA